AUGGCGAGGAGCAAUCAAGGAGCAUCUGCAAGUGUCAAUGUAGUGGAAACCCAAAAACAUCUUCUGAAAAGUGAUGUUCUCUACCAGUAUAUUCUUGAAACAAGCGUUUAUCCCCGUGAACCAGAAUGUUUGAAGGAACUCAGGGAACUCACUGCAAACCAUCCAUGGUCCGUUAUAGCCAUUCCAGCUUAUGAGGGUCAAUUUUUGAUGCUUCUAUUGAAACUAAUAAAUGCCAAGAAGACUAUAGAGAUUGGCGUUUUCACAGGAUAUUCUCUACUCUGCACGGCCCUUGCUUUGCCCCCUGACGGGAAGGUCAUAGCCAUUGAUAUAAACAGAGAAUCAUAUGAUUUGGGGAGGCCUAUCAUUGAGAAAGCAGGAGUUGCCCACAGAAUUGAUUUCAGAGAGAGCCCUGCUUUGCCCAUUUUGGAUGAAUUGAUACAAAAUGAGGAGAUGCUGGAGUCUUUUGAUUAUGCGUUUGUAGAUGCUGACAAAGAUAACAGUGUGAACUACUACAAACGUCUGCUGAGAUUGGUGAAGAUUGGAGGGCUUAUUUGUUUCGAUAAUACACUGUGGUGGGGCAGUGUUGCUGAACCUCCCAAUGCAAUGAUGUCUGAACAAGGGAGAAGCAACAGAGAGUAUAUAAUUGAGCUGAACAAGGCACUCGCUGCUGACAAACGUAUAGAGCUUAGCCAGCUGCCUAUUGGUGAUGGCCUCACUUUAUGUAGGCGCAUUUCAUAA